CAGAACGCGCGCCCGCUCCAGGAGGUGUGUGUUUUGCUGCCGCCGCCGCCGCGCCGCGGGCCACGCACGCAACGAGUAGGCCGCGCGCUUUGCUGCGAAUGAGCCAGCCGGACUGCACGCAGCUGAGCCAGCCGGACUGCACGCAGCUGAGCCAGUGCACCCAGCGGUGCGCCGAUGACGACGACGACUCAGAGGGCGACGGCGGCGGCGGCGACGACGUGGCGCCCGCUCGGCUGGUGCGUCUCGUGGACGGCUCGCCUGGAACCGCGGUGACCGUGCCGCCCGAGGGAGAGGGCGCUCUCUCCGUCGGCCGGACGGAGCAGCUUGGCUCGUGCACGCUCCUUUUGGACGACAACGCGGUGUCGAAACGGCACGCCGAGCUCCGCUUCAACCAGGGCUCGCUCGAGCUCCGCGUCACCUCGAGCAACGUCUUCACGUUUGUCAACGAGUCCGCGCACAUCGCGCUCGCCGGCAAGCCGCCGCCGCCGCCCGUCAGCCUCUGCGACGGCGAUGUGCUCCGCUUUGGCGGAGGCAGGCAGAGCAGCACCCGCUGCGACAAGUUCAUCUUCCGCGUGGACGCGCCACAGUGCAAGCGCGCGGAGGGCACCGUCUGUCUCUCUCCGCUGCCUGCGCGCGCGUCCUCCGCCGCCUCCUCCGCCUCGGCUGGCGAGACGCCGCUCGCGGAGUGGUUCUGGCAGAUCGGCAAAGGCGCGUCGCGCGCCUGGUCGCGCUACGCUCCCCACCAAGAGGCUCUGAUCGAGCGCGCCUACCAGCUGGCGGAGGAGAGGGUGCGGCUCGACGGCGAGCGGGUGCUCGACUUGCGGCAGAUGAAGCAGGUGCGCGACGACGGCCCCGGCCGCUCCCGCCCUGUGCGGCGCGAGCCGCCUGCAGCGCCAUACUCGACUCGUCCGACGAAGCGGAGGCGGGACGCGCGGGGGGCGACGGGCGGCGGCGAGGGCGGCGGCGGCGAGGGCGGCGGCGGCGAGGGCGGCGGCGGCGAGGGUGGCGGCGUGGCGACCGUGCGCGUUCUUCCCAAUCUCUCCCCCGCCAAGCGCGCCACCGUCCGCGUCGUGGUGUUGCGGCGCGACAGUGGCGUCGUGCUGACGGCUGGCUCGGGCUGCCUCGUCUCGCGCGACGGCCACGUGCUCACGGCGGCACACCUCUUUGUGAGCGCGCGGUCGGGCGCGCUCUUCCAUGGCUUUGCGCCGAGCGAGGUGUUAGUCGCGGUGGGCGUGUAUGUCGAUGACGCGGCGCCGUCGCGCUGGGCGUACUGGGCGGAGCUGCAGACGCCGCUCGAGCGGCUGGUCGAGACAUAGCUGAGAUACAGCCG